CCCCUUAUUUGAUACUAAAAACUCAAUAACCCCUAAAAAAAAAAUCUUGAUAGCAGGUGAAAGAGAAGGGAGAAAUGAGGGGAGUAUUUGCAGGGCGUCGAAUGUUGAGGAAUGGAGUUUACUGCGGCUCUUUGUUUUCGUCCCUCCAUGAAUUUCCAGCAACAACUUCUUCUGCUCCAAAUCCAGCAGCUUUAAUAUAUCCUACUUCCUUCUUCCCCAAACCCUCAUCCACUCCUAUCUUUCGAUCCCACCCUUUUAAUCCCAAUCACUAUUCUACCUCCUCUUCCCCUCAUCAGAUGAUUAUUACAGGUAAAUCAAGAGUGAUAUCAGUUGAGUCAGAAGAUCAGUUCAAUAGUUUACUUCGCAAGGUUCAAGAUGAAUCAUUGCCAGCUAUCUUCUACUUCACUGCCGUUUGGUGCGGGCCUUGUAGGUUUAUAUCUCCUCUUAUUGGUGAGCUGAGUGAGAAAUACACUAAAGUCACCACCUAUAAGAUUGAUAUUGAUCAGGAAGGUCUAAGGGGUGCAUUGGAGAAGUUAAAUAUUGCUGCUGUGCCAACUCUCCACUUUUUCCAAGGGGGGAAGAAGGUGUCAGAAAUAGUUGGGGCAGAUAUUCAGAAACUCAAAACCACCAUGGAGGAUCUUUACAAGUGAGGAGUUGAGGACGGUUCUCAUAUACAUGUCGGGGAAUUUUGAUGUUCCUCUAGUGCCGUGCAACUUUGUUUUUCAUUCUCACCACUUGAUUUUUUGUUUCUUGUCAUAAUUAUAAGCAACACAAGUGAAAAUUCUUAGGAUUUUAGCAUUGCCUGCAAAUUAUUGUUCUUAAAUUAUCUUUUGUAUAUUAUUUUGCAAUGCAUCAAGAUUGUUUGCUUGAA